AUGCGGCUGGUCAUGCUCUCAGUGGCCUUGCUGGCCCUGAGCUCAGCUCACAGCCCACAUAAUGAUGUAAAGGCCCCAAGCCAGAGCCUAGAACAGGAGCCUCGGAGACCACCUCCUGGAGGACCUCCACCUGGACUCCCUCCUGCUGAUGGAAACCAAGAAGAUGCUCCUCAGCAAGAACCACCACAACCAGGAAGACACCCAGCUAGAUCCCCUGCUGAGGAUGACAAGCCAGAGGAUGCUCCUCAGCAGAAACCACCCAGACCACAAGGCAAUCAAAAUCCUCCUCCCCCACCUCCUCCUGGAGGGCCCCAGGGACCACCACCUCCAGGGGGCCAGCCACCCCAGUAA